AUGAGCCAUAUAGAGGGAGUUUUAUACGUAACAAUUGUUGAAGCUCGUAAAUUAAAAGACAAAGAUAUUGUUGGUAAAGAUGAUGCUUAUGUUGAACUUUAUUUGGAUAAAGAUUAUAAACAACGAACAAAAACAAUUAAAGAUACAAAUAAUCCAACAUGGAAUGAAACAUUGACUUUUAACUUGCACAAACAUCAAGAUGAAUUACAUAUACAUGUUUAUGAUGAAGAUGUAGCUGGACGAGAUUCAAUUGGUUCAGCAACGAUUAAUUUAAAAAAACAUGUUUUUGGUAAAGGUCGUUAUGAUGAAUGGGUCAAAUUACCAACUCAUUUAGGUCUUAGUUCACAUGGAGAAGUUCAUGUUAUUAUCGAACAUCGAGAUGAUGAUGUUGUAAAAAAACAUCCGAUCCUUCUGAAAUAUAUUCAAGUCCCAUAUAAUAUAAAUGUAUGGAGUAUUAUCAAUGAAGCUAAUAGAAAAUAUCAACAAAGUAAUAAUAAAUAUCUUGUUUAUUCUUGUCCAUUCAUGUGUGGAGGCUGGGGAGAUCGAACUCGUAAAAUUGUUGCAAGCUUUUUACUUUCACUUGCUUUGAAUCGUACAUUUAUUAUUGAUAUGACAUGGCCAUGUUCAAUUGAACGUAUACUCACUUCAAAUUUUAUUUCAUGGUCUAUAUCAUCACACAGUCAUAUUAGAAAUAUUUCAUCAUCAAUUAAUAUUACUUCAUUAUCUCCAAAAAAUUAUAAAAUAUUAAAAUCAUAUCAUGAACAAUAUUCUGUACUUUAUAUUCAAACAAAUAAUAUUGCAUAUUUUGAUAUUAUAGCUCGCAAUCCAGAAUUUUAUAAAUCAUUAUUUAAUCGUUUUCGAGUCAAACAAAAACAUAUUCAUAUUAUCACAUUAUAUCCUUUAUUUUAUGAACUACUCAUUCAAUUAAAGCCACAUUUACAAGAAAAAUUUGGUCGACUUAAUUUGAAUAAUUAUCCACUAGAUACAAAUAUAGACAAUGGUCCGCUAUUGUGUGGUCAUUUACGUAUUGGUCGUAAUCCAUCAAAUCCAAAAGAUAUAGUAUUUCCUCGUCGUGAACGUAUGAAUAUAACGGUUUUAAAAUUUCUACUUUCACGUCCUGGUCGUGUAUUUAUUACUACUGAUUCUCGUGAAGUUCAACAAUUAGCUCGAAAACUAUUUUCAACAAAAAAUACUGAACCGUCACGUUUAAUAGAAAUCAACGGUACAAUGGCACAUAUUGAUCGUGAUUGGAAUUAUUUAGGAUGUGAAAGUUUAGAAAAGACCAUUUUAGAUUUUCAUGCAUUAAGUUAUUGUGAUUUAGCUGUUAUUUCGAAAAGUUCAUUUGGACAUUUAGCUGUCAUGAGAAGAAUUCAUCCAUUUAACGAAUUAUAUCUUUACUGUGAUGGAAUUAAAAAAAUUAAUAACCCUGAUGAUUAUAAUAAGUACAAAUAUGGAACAUGUUAACACAUUUUUUUUUACUUAUGUCCAUUAUCAAGUGGUCAACAAGUUGGAAUUAUUAUUUUUUUUUUCUAUCUUGAUUGAAGUGUUAGAUUGCUAUCGUUAAAUAAAAAAUUACAUCGUGAAAAACUUCGCGAAACUUUAAGUUUUUAAAAUUUUUGUAAGUUUUGUGUUUUUAAUAUAACUCAAAAGAGUACUAAUUAGUUAAUCGGAUCAUACAGUUUCGAAUUUAUUCAUUUCUUAUUUUAAUCAACAAUGUUGCAAAUUAUUAAAACGAAACUCUUCUCAGCUAGAUUAUAUCUGCCUGUUACGAAAUUGUGUCAAAUAAAAGUGAUCUACAAAACUUCAAAUUUUACAAAAUAUUAAACCAAACUAAAGUAACAAGGCUACUUUAUCAGAUAUAACCAAUGAUGGAACAUUUAUGAUUUUGAUUUUUUUGUUAGAUGGAAAACUAUUUUAGGAAAUUAAUGAAAUUUUAAAGUAGAGGAAUCAGAGUGCCCAAGAAAUUUAGCUAAAGAAAUGAAACUUGAAAAAAUUGAAUAGGGAUUCGGAUUUCUUGCUUGCUGUAAUCUUGAUCCAAGUUUUAUAAUAUAUUUUUAUUCUUCUAAAAAGCUUUUCUUCGAGAAUAAUAUCACAAGUGAAUUUUCCAUAUAAGUUACGUGGUAACAUAAGGGUAAGUUUCCUUUCCAUUCAAUGAUAAAUGAUAUCCUUCGAUAUAGAAACAAACUAAAAAAACAAAGUUUUUAUUGUUCAACAGAUGAUAGUUAUUGGAUAUUGUUUACAAUUAUUUCUAAAAUUGUCAAAAUGAAAAAACUUCGUUUUUAGUAUGCGCUUAAAAAAAAUUUCAAAUCUGAAAGUGGAAAACAAAAUGAGAACUAUGCGGAUUGAGAGAAUAAUCAACAUUUUCUUGACUGAUAUUAAAAUGAGAAUCUUUCCAAGUGUCACAAAAUAUGUGAUGAACUGUUAUUUGCAAGCACUUGUACAUUUGUUUUUAUUUUCUGAAAUUAAUGUCGAGUUGAUUCAAAUUCAAAGUUAAAUAUCAUAUCCAUGAUUCUGAUUUCUUUUUUAUGAUUUGUUAUAGUUUUUCCACUGAAAACAAUUUAAUAUAUAUUUAGAUUCCAUGUUUUAUUAGACGAAAAAAGAAUGUUUCUGCAUGUCAUCGAUAAGCUAUAUAAUCAAAUAAAAACAAUGUCACAACUUCAAAUCAUAAAUCACAAAUAAAUUAUAUUUGCGUCUUGUCUGGACAAUAAACUAUACUUUCUUUUAUUUUAUGAUGCUAAACCAUAAUUGACAAAACCAAGUAUUUCACGAUUAUAUAAAACUAAAGCGACAAGUGAUUACUAAUCUAUCUGUUCUUUUACUUAAUCCAUUCUAAAACUUGACCAUUCAUUUAGUUUUGAAUAUCAUAAGAAAUGUUUCUAACUGUAAAUAUAGUCCAUGAUGUUUUUUAAUUUAAUAAAAUCAUACAAUCAAUAAAUCAAUAUGAAAGAAAGAAGAAGGUUCUUCAUUUCUGUAAGAAGCUUUUUUUUUCUUAUGUUUUUGUUGCUUAAAACCAGACAUUCAAGAGAAUCAUAUUUGAUUCCGGAGCUUCUGUAAAUGUUUAUGAGUCAAUCAGGGGCGGCGCGAAGAGGUCGGAGCAGGGGGGGGGGGGGGGCCUAAAAUCGGAGAAAGUCAAAAAGUGUUCUCUAAACUGAAGUCUUCUUCGAAUCAGAAUUUUAUAAUAUACUUCUCCAAAAUCGGAGAAAAUCGUCUACUCAUUUUUGUCCAAAAUUGGAUUUUUCCGGAUUCAUAGAAAUAUAUUCAACACUAUUGUAUAAAUUCGCAGAAAAUUCAAGUUUGGAGAACAUUUUUGGGCGAUUUUCUCCGAUUUGGGAGAAAUAUAUUAUACACGUUUCUCCAAAGUCGGAGAAAAUCCAAGUUUGGAGGAAACUAUUAAAACUUUUUCUCCGAUGUUGGAGAAAUUUGUGUAAUAUAUUUCUCGAAAAUCGGAGAAAAUCGGCUAAAAAUGAUCUCCAAACUUGAAUUUUCUCCGAUUUUUGGAGAAAUUUAUGUAAUAUAUUUCUCGAAAAUCGGAGAAAAUUGCCUAAAAAUGCCCAUUAAACUUGAAUUUUCUCCAAAUUGAGAGAAAACUAUCAAGUAUAUUUCUCCAAAAUCGGAGAAAAUUGCUUUGUAAACUCUCCAAAAUCGGAGAAAUUAUCGUAGUAAAUUCCCCCAAAUCGGAGAAAGUACCAGCCAAAAUUUUCUGGAGCAGGAGGAGGGUGACCCCCCUAUCCCCCCCCCGGUCGCGCCGCCCCUGGAGUCAAUGCAUGAGAAGGACAACCAAAGCUGCUCAAUCGAUGUUCUCAGAUUUUGUCGGGAGUGAGCUCUUCUUGUAGGGAAAAGUUGUUUAGGUAUAAAACCAAAUUUUUAGCCCUAAAGGUUGAAAUUUGGCUGAGCUACGAAAUACGAACUGAAAGAACUAAAAAUGCCUUUUUAUCAAUUUUUGAAAUUUUUUGUUAGUCGUCUAAAUGCAGUAUUUUCAUGCUAUCUCUUCACCAGGACGUGAUAGAGACCUGAAAUUUUUACCAGACAUAUAUUUCGAGAUGGGCAACAUAACCAUCGUAUAGAAUCAUGUAUAUGUAGUGACAAAGUAUCAUCGACAUUUCUAACCAUAUAUCAUAAUAUACAUCUAAAAGUACUCUAUCUUUAGAAUAGGCUUUCUCCCAAUCAGUGUGAUAGAUUUAGCUCAAACUUUUUUUUGCGAAGGCUACUAUCUUAGUACUACUGGAUUAUCCAAUCAAAAGUUUGGGAUCUUGAAUAGGGGUGGCACUUUCCUUUCCUUUCCUAAAAGAAAGGAAAGUUGAAAGAAAGUUAACUUUCCUUUCCUAAAAGAAAGGAAAGGAAAGUGAAACCUUUAGGUCUUCAAGUCCUAUAUAAUGGGGUACCC